CUCUAUCCUCAUCACCAUGCCCACGACUCGACAUGGAGCCAAUUGCGAAUCCCUCUAAUCCCAACACGUCUCAUUUGAGCGCCCUUGGCAUGGCUGAGCCCUCCUCAAUUCCCACGAGCAGCUCAGCCGGCUCGCAGUGGGCGCGCCUCCGCUCGACAAUCAACACCUCCGCAGCGCUCAGAGCCAACACUACGCUCGACAAAGAGACCCGGAAACGGAACCGAAAAGAGCUCCAGCGUCAUGCACGCGCAUCAGACGACCAAUCGCUCAGCGGGGGACGUGUGGAUGAUGAGGGCAUGAACGAUCAGCCGCUCUUGGGGUCAGCAAAGAGGAAGGCCAGUUCCAGCCAGCAACGCCAGCAGCAGCAGGGGCGACCGGGCGACAGAAGGCCAUUAAGUGGCGUGGAGCGAUGGGAGCCCCUGGCGCACCUGCUGGGAGAUGAUCAGAGGGAGGCACAGAGAGAGAGACGAGCUCGACGGCGACAAAGAGAUGGUGCGGCCGGUGAUGAGGGCGCCGGGCAAAGCACUUUGAGCGAGUCGCGACUGCGAUCGCCCAGUCCAGCACCAGACAGGGCAAUGGGCAGUACGAUCGUCGUUGAUGAGCCGCAAAGUACGCUCAAUGACGAUCUGGACGCGAUCCCCUACGGCAAAGACCCGCUGGAGUAUGCCGACGACAAACACCUCCUCGACAGCGACAGCGACAGUGACAGCGACGACGAUGACGAAGAUGAGAGGAAGGGAGCUCCGAUCAACAACUCCCAAGAGCCCAAGAGUACGCAGGUCCAACCUUGGCUGUCUUCCUGGCGAACUCCGUCCCCACUCUUCAAGGGUGUCACAAAGUGCGUCGUGGCCUACUUUCUUUCCUCCCUCUUUACCUACUCCUCCUUCCUCUCUAUCACGAUGGCCCACCUACUCCCCAACCACGACCCAGCCAAUCCGGUACCUUUUUCUAAUCUGCACAUGAUCGCGACGGUCAGCGUCUACUUUAUGCCUGCACGCUCCUUUGGCAGCAUGCUCGAGGCCGACAUCUUCGCUGCAAUUGCCCUCACGUAUUCCAUCGCACUCAGCUUGUCCAGCAUGCUCGUGGCCGAGUGGCUGCACGAUCUAGGACACCCGAACUUCAGCAACGUCCUCUCAGUCGUCUUGUUCCUCGGCGGUGGCAUGGCCCUCGUUGGUUGGGCGAAGGUGAAAGUCGGCAAGCCGACAUUCAACACGGCUUGCUCCCUCGUCUUUGUCUCGACGUUCACCGUCAUGGUCAAAGAGGGUUCGACGCACUUGGGCCGGUUUGAGACGGACAAGGUGUGGCAAGUAGCCCUCGUCGUCCUCGCUGGCACCCUAGUCUCUAAUCUGGUCUGCUUCCUCAUCUGGCCGCGGUCCGCUACUACUUCCCUACUCAACGACACCUCGCGCGUCCUGGACGCCUAUGCCACGCUGCUCAAAACCCUCACUCGCACCUUCCUACUCGACGACGUCACCGAGAUCCACGUCGGCUCACAGCGCUUGAAUGCAGCCAUUCACGCGCACCACACAGCCUUCACGUCGCUACAGCGCAACUUGUCAGAGGCAAAGUAUGAGCAGGCGUUUGAUAGGAGGAUAAGGGAUAGGACGGAGGUGCUAGUGGAGAUUGUUGGGUGUCUACAGAGACUUGGGCAGCAUUUUGGAGGGUUGAGGAGUAGUUGCGGGUUGCAGCACGACAUCCUGGCCAAGCGCAAGGACAGCGCUAGUAGCGAAGGUCAGGCUAGCAACACCACCUUUACACGCUUCCUUGAUGCCAUUGGACCGCACAUGCGCAGCCUCGUCUUCAGCUGUGCUCGCACACUUCAUGUCCUCGAAACGAGCGUGCAGAGCAACACAAAGGGCUUGAUGCCGUCCUCCUCCCUCUUCGACGACCUGGAGCAGGACCUCAACACAGCUCUGCGCCGAUUCCAGCACGAGCAGACCGUAGCGAUGAAGAGAGUCAACACUAUCGAGCCGGAGGAAGGCAGCACGCCGCAGAACGGAGACUCGGCUGGCGUAGAACGCGCAGCAACCACACAAGACGAGGCUGUCCUUGUCGUCUUCUUUUUCCUUUUCAGUCUCGAAGAACUCACGCAGGAGUUGCAGACGCUCGUCAAGGCAAUGCGACAAUUCAAGGAGGAGGACGGUGCGGGAACGUAUAGCUGGCUACUGUGGCCUCUAUGUGGCCGUCGUCGCCGCCGCCAAACCCGCGCUCGCUCACUCAGACAGAAGAUUCUCAGCCUCUUUUCGCUGGACCUUCCCACCUCGACGGGCUUCCCCAUCCACUCUCGCCACACAGAGGACACAGCUCAGACUCCUCGCGCUAUCACGUAUUCUCAGCGCAGUUCCCGCUGGCUGUGGUCGAUCGGUCAAUUCCUCCGUCAGCGCGACGUCAAAUACGCGAUCAAAGCGGGGGCAGGCGCUGCUUUGCUUGCUUGCCCCGCAUUCAUCCAUAGCACGCGUCCCACGUUCAAAGAGUAUCAAGGGCAAUGGGCUCUCGUGUCCUUCAUGGUUGUGCUCAGCCCAACUGUUGGGCAGAGCAACCAGAUGAGCCUGCACCGCUUGGUCGGCACAGUCUUUGGUGCGCUAGUCGCCAUCGGAGUAUAUGCCCUCUUCCGGGACGAUCCCCUGAUCUUACCCAUCCUAGGCGCCAUCUUCUCCAUUCCUUGCUUCCGCUAUAUCGUAGGCAAGCCGCACCUUGCCUCUUCCGGUCGCUUUGUGCUGCUCACCUUCAACUUGACGUGCCUCUACGCUUUCAAUCUGAGAAAGACGGAUGUAGAAGCAGAGCACAUCGGCUUUCAGAGGACGGUUGCGGUAGCAGUGGGAGUGGUAUGGGCUACUACACUCAAUCAUUUGCUCUGGCCAAAUGAGGCGAGGCGCGAGUUGGCCGUCGGGCUAUCCGAUGCGCUCUUCAAGAUGGCAUGGCUCUAUCAGCGGAUCGUGACUACCAUCUCUGAAGGCCAGCAGACGACAAGAGAGCCACGUGAUGGGACGAUUGCUGCUUUGGAAUCGCAGCCGCUCCUUCCUAGCUCCACAGCAGCUCAAGAUCCCCUUCAGCAGAUGGACCUCUUCCUCCGAUUCCGCCUCCUCACCCUCGAAUCCCUUCUGGCUCAGACGAAACACGAGCCACGCUUGAAGGGGCCUUUCCCUGUCCAGUCGUACAAAGAGUAUCUGGCAUGCUGCACCAAGAUUCUUGACAAGCUUCACGCCAUGCGCUGUGUUACUCGGAGAAGCGAGUGGGCCACGAGCGUAACGAAGGAUUGGCUCCUGCCUGUGAACCCGUGGAGGAGGGAGAUGGUGGGCAACGUCCUAGUGAGUGACCGCGAUACAGCAGUCAUGAUAUGACUAUCGUGGAAUGGCGAAGCUGACUUCAUUCCCCUGUCGUGCGCCCAGCUCUUCUUCCACCUUCUUGGCUCAGCCAUGGACCUCAAGACGCCACUCCCUCCAUACUUACCUCCGGCAGAGCGCAGUCGGCAAGACCUAUUGACCGCAGUACGAGC